AUGCAUUUACAAUGUGUGUUUGAUGUCCUUAGAAAGGAAAGGUUGUAUGUAAAUCUGGAGAAGUGCUCUUUUGGUGUUAAUGAAGUUGUUUUCUUGGGUUUUGUUGUUAGUUUAAGAGGGGUUGAAGUGGAUGAAUCAAAGAUAGAUGCUACAAAAAAUUGGCCAACCCCGCAAACCAUUAGAGAAGUAAGAAACUUCCACAGGUUAGCUAGUUUCUAUAGAAAGUUUGUCAAAAGAUUCAGCACCAUAGCCGCUCCUUUGACCACGGUCAUUCAAAAAGACCAACCCUUCAAGUGGGAUGAAGAGCAAGCUAAGGCUUUUGAAACCUUGAAAGCUAUUCUUGUUUCCACGCCUUUAUUACAAUUGCCCAACUUUGAUAAGACAUUCGAAGUUGAGUGCGAUGCUAGUAAAGUGGGCAUAGGGGCUGUUUUGAUGCAAGAUUUAAAACUCAUUGCUUAUUUUAGUAAAAAGCUCAAAGGAUCAAAUCUAAACUACUCCACGUACGAUCUAGAGUUGUAUGCCUUGAUUCAAGCUUUGGCCACUUGGCAGCACUAUUUAUGGCCCAAGGAGUUCAUGAUCCAAACGAACCGUGAAUCCUUAAAGCAUCUUCGGGUACAAGACAAGCUUAACAAGCGGCAUGCAAAAUCGAUUGAGUUUCUUGAAACCUUCCCUUAUGUUAUUCAAUACAAAAAAGAUAAGGACAACAUAGUAGCCGGCUUUGUCUAG